AUGGAGCCCGCGAGCCUGGAGAACCUGUCUGUACUGUACCGCAGUGCAGACUAUAUAGUAGUCAACAAACACUGGGACAUUCGCAUUGACAGUAAAAUGUGGUUCGAGAAACAGACCGUCCAGAGUCAGUUAAAACAUCACUUCCCAGAGCUUGCUGAUCCUGGGACAUACUAUGGCUUCAGAUUCUGUCAUCAGUUGGAUUUCUCCACCAGCGGAGCUUUGUGUGUAGCGCUUAGUAAGGCAGCUGCUGGAAGUGCCUAUCACUACUUCAAAGAGCGCCUUGUAACCAAGGCUUAUCUUGCACUGGUCCGUGGCUCUGUGCAGGAAGAAAAAAUGACUAUUGAUUUCGCCAUUGGGAAAAAUACCACUGAGGGCAAGACGCAUAUGAUGUGUAUUGAGGGAACAGAAGGCUGUGAGAACCCCAAACCCAGCCAAACAGAUCUGACAGUGUUGGAGUAUGGCUUAUAUGACGGAGAUCCUGUCACCAAAGUCCUGCUACAACCUCUAACAGGUCGUACCCACCAGCUUAGAGUGCACUGCAGUGCUAUCGGUCACCCUAUUGUUGGUGACUUUACCUACAGCUGUCGCACGGACAACGCUCCGUAUCGUAUGAUGCUGCACGCCUACCUCCUACGCAUCCCCCUGGAGAAGGAGCCGAUCCAGGUCACUGCUCCAGACCCUUUCCUGCCCAGCCUGGACUCCAAAUGGGUCCCGCAGCGAACCCUUCAGACCGUGGACGUCAUUGUGGAGAGCGUUCUGUCGAGUAAAGGGGUUGAGGAGAGUCAGGGAGAAGCAGAGGAGUCAGGGGCAGCGGAGGAGAGGAGGAGCCCAGUGGAGAGUGAGGAGCAGAGGGCUCAGUGCCAGCAGUGGCUGUGUGAGUGGGCCCUGGAUUGAAAGACUACAGUUCCCUGUGGUCCCAUGUUUGUGUGCUCUUUUCACUUUAAUGUGUAUUUAUAACACACUGUGUAUUCCCUCUACACCUUCUCUGAGGUGAAACUAUGGCCUCAACGUGGUAAUCUUUGAAAACUA